UCAUUAAACCCUACGUGUCCUUGAAGGAAUCUAACACCAGAUUUACAAAAUCCAUAGUACUUGCUUUGGGUCUCUCUGCAACACUCAAUGCCAAAACCUCUACAUUUUCAUCCACCAUGAAUCUUUCCACAAAUUCUCUCAUCAAAAUCUCUCCUUUCUUUAUCAAAACUACCUAUCUCUCUCCAAUUUCCAAAAGGGCUUCUGGAGACCGUCCUUCUGGCGUUAGAUUUCCACUGACCAUCACCAAAUGUUCUAGAGUUGAUGUUCCUUUAGCACCACGAUCUACACAGGAUUCUUCAUCAUCGUCUUCUUCUUCUUCUUCUCCUCCUCUAAUUACUUCACAAAUACGGAGUUUGCUGGCUAUGGAGGAGGACAUAGAAAAGGUUAUAUAUAGAUGCCGGUUCUUGGCGAUUCUUGGGGUUUUUGGUUCCUUGAUUGGAUCAUUUCUGUGCUUUGUGAAGGGGUGCUCUCAUGUUGUGUCAUCUUUCAUGGAAUACUUUGUGAAUCAUGGUAAAGUGAUUCUAUCGCUAGUUGAGGCCGUUGAUUUCUAUCUUUUAGGAACAGUGAUGAUGGUCUUUGGAAUGGGUCUCUAUGAGCUUUUCAUUAGCAAUCUUGACACUGCAAAGCUGGUAGCAGGGGAAAGAGUAUCUUAUAGGUCAAAUUUAUUUGGAUUAUUCACCUUAAAGGAACGACCAAGAUGGUUAGAAAUAAAAACUGUGAAUGAGCUGAAAACUAAGCUAGGCCAUGUCAUUGUGAUGCUCCUUUUAAUUGGUUUCUUUGAGAAAAGCAAGACAGCAGUUAUACAAUCUCCCAUGGAUUUACUUUGCUUCUCAGCUUCUGUUCUGCUUUGCUCUGGCUGCCUCUACUUAUUAUCUAAGCUUAGUGAAUCGAAAUGAUGUAAGCAUUAAUCACACAUCCUUGUAGAAAAAUUAUGAUGUAAAUAUAUGUAUAUGUAUUAUAGACUAUUGUUGCAAGUGUAUGUGCCAAAAAUAUGAGAGAGAGGAAGCAAAUGCAUUAACUUCACAAUA